AUGACAAGUGAUCUGUCUAUAUCAACCGUCUACGCGCAGAAUCUGGAAGAGAGGGUGAAACUAGAGCCACUUACCGAGGCUCUCAAGUCACUUUUCUCCGAAUUUGGCAGCGUCGUCGAUGUUGUGGCCAGAAAGAAUGUCCGAGCCAGGGGUCAAGCAUUCAUCGUAUUCGACUGCGCAGAGGAGGCUGAAAAUGCCAUCGACGAGAUGCAGGGCUUCGAAUUGUUCGGCAAACCAAUGAAGCUUUCCUUAGCCCAAAGCAGGAGCGACAAGACGGUUGAAAUGAAAUGCACGGACGACGAGUACGCCGUGCACAAGCGACAUCGUCAAGCCGAGAAAGACAAACGGAGAGCCCUCGAAGCUGCCGAAGCCCAGAGGAACUUGAAGAGAGGCGCCACAGGCGGCUCGGACAAUCGGCCAGUCAAGCUGACCAGGCCCUCUGGCCUGAAAUCGACUGGCGUGACGACAUCAGCGGUCAUUCCGGACGAGUAUCUGCCACCAAACAAGAUCCUGUUCUUGCAGAACGUUCCUGACGAUUACGACGUCGAGGGACUGACGGCAAUAUUUGGCCGGUUCGACGGAUUCCGCGAAAUCAGACUCGUGCCAGGGCGACGGGGCAUUGCGUUUGUGGAGUACGAGGCAGAGCAGGGGGCCAUCGCUGCUAAGGAAAAUACUGCUGGGAUGACGCUGAAGGACAAGGUUCUUAAAGUUACAUAUCAAAGGCAAUAG